CGCCGGGGCCGCGUGUGCCGGCGUGGACGCCAGCGCCCUCGCACGACGCCGGCCCGGCACGAGCCGAGUGGGAAGGGGCCCCGGGCCCCGAGGCCAGCCUGCCCGGGCCGUCCUUGCUGGCUCCCGCCCUCGCGGCCUGGUUGGAGCCUGGGGAGGGAGCUGGGCCUGGCCUGGACCCCUCCCCGAGGGGGCCACCGCCCCGGGCUCCUUGGACCGGGGGUGGCCGGGAGGCCGACGCGCAGUCUGGUGUCCUGCGUGAAGUACCGGGAAAGCGAAAGGCCCCGGUUCCCUCGCGUCCACGUCCCGGAACUGGGGCGAGUGGAUGGGACACUGGGCCCCGGCAGCCCCCGGCUCCUUGCAUGCAUGGAGCCCUUUUGGCCCUGCGGAGCACACCCCGAAGACUACAGGUCGGCUUCAGUCGGCGCGUCCCAGCGGGCCGGAUCCCACCCCUAGCCCCAGGCUUGCGCCGGCUUCUGCGGGGAACCGCGCUCCUGCCGGUUCCUAGCGUCUGCUCACGGCGCCUUGUGCUCCUUCCAGUCCCGGACAGAACCCACCUCCUAUCCACCCAGUUAGGGGCCCUGGAGGAUUUGUCCGCCUUGUGUCCGGGGUCAGAGGUCAGCAGCAAAGAAGCUGAUUCCUGCUGAGUCAUCGGUGGGGUGGGACGGGUGUCCCUCCCUCUCUCCCUUCAGGCAGCGUUCAGUAGACAGAUGUGUGAGGGGCAAGCCGUUGGGGUCCUGUCAGGGGCUAGGGGCUGGAGAGGGGCUGCUGGCCAGUCCACAGUUCAAGGGUGUGCCCGGUCAAAGGAAGAAAGGCAGUGGGCUUAGGGCUGUUGUUGUGUGAGGCCAUGCAGGGCCCCCUGGCGUGGGCACGCAGGAGGGCACCCCCGUUCCUGGGCGCCUUGGCACUGCCCUCCUCCCCAUGACUGCCAGGCUGGAUGGUUUCCGUAGACUCCCCUUCCCAGUGGGGUGUGGAGCACAGGAUCCCUUCUGUGUUCCCCCAGCUUGGGAAGGGCUCUCUCUCAUAUGUAGGGAGCAUGAUCAUGCCUCCAGGCCCUGCCUGGUCCAACACAGAACCCAUACCUCGGAAUUCCACAGUCUUCCCGUCCCCACCCUCUGUCGGGUCCUGGGGGAGGCCCCGCUACGGGCACACUUGCACCUGGUACCCUGGUGCAGUCCGCCCCUGAGACCAGUACGGGCUUCUCUCGCGGGGCUGCACAGAGUGAUGAGGGAUGGCAGAUCUGGGUUCCUGCAGACCCUCUCCCUGGUAGCAUGUCCCACCCCCGCUGCACAUCCAGUUGGCUGUCAGUCCCCAGGGAGAGUGGACAGGGAAAGUGCCUUAGGUCAUCGUGCAUAACAGUCUUGACCCCUACUCCGUCCAGUUCCCAGCUGCCUCCGAGCACCCAGUGACCCCGCCCAGUGAGCAGCACCCAGCCACUCCUGUGGACCCGGCCGCACUGCACUCUGGCCGGACCAGCAUCCAGGAGCGUGGGAGCUAGGCGGGAUCUGAAUCCCGCUCAGUCCCGGCCCAAAGCAGUGGCUGGGGUUGGGGGGCCGGGCCUGGGGCUCUCCUCCCAGGGUAGGAGGAGGACUGUUCCCCGGGUGGUUCAGGGAUUGGAGGUUGAUGACCCCUGGGGGUUCAGAAAAGCCCAGCCCCACCCUUGGCCUUCCAGAGCUCAUGGCCACUUCUAGGCCCCCUCGCAGGCCCCCUCAGGAGGCAUGGGGACUGGAGUAGACCAGGCAGCGUUUGAUGUCCUCAAUGAACUGGGGACAAGGGGAGAGGCACGUGUGGAGCCCGGGGUGAGCCUGAUGGCCACAGCAGAGGGUUCAGGCUUCAUCCAGAGUCCGGGGGGUGGGGCGGGCAGCAGGGCCUGACCAGAGAUGGAAGACCACCCCCCGGCAUGCAGCGCUGGGCUGAGCCAUGCUGGACUCCAAGCUUGUGCAGUGAGAGGAGGCUGCGGCCGGAUCUGCCAGGGGCGUGGUUCUGGGAGUUUUAUCUAAGGUGGCACGGUGGCUGGAAACGGGGAGGGAUGGGCCAAAGAGAAGGGAGUGGUCCUGGUGGACAGGGACAAAGGGCAGGGGUCAGUUUGGAGGACUGUGAUGUGUGUGAAUAGGUUGUGGGGCUCGGAGUGUGUGACCCCGCGGGACAGGUGCGGGUGUCAGAGGACCGCAGGCUGAGUGCCGGGUCCGGGGACAGAAGUGGUGACAGGUUUUGUAAGCUGAGCUCAGGUUGGGCCAGGCACGGUGGCAGGUCAACCCUGACCGCUGCAUUUUACAGUGGGGGUAAUGAGCUGGCGGGGCCGAGGCCCCACUCCCGCCCCUGUACUGUGGACACAGACACAUGGGCGGGGCCACCUGGCGCGCCAGCGCGCACUGUAGUUCAGGGCCUUUGAAAAUGCGUUCAUGUCCAGAUGAGAAGAAAAAAGCAAAUACAAUAAAGAACUUGGCUUGGGUUAUAUUUUCUUUGUACCAACUACCAGAAUGUAUCGGGUUGUUCUUUUUCGUAAUGGAGGUACAGAGAAGUACCUGGGACACGGCCGUCUGGAACCCCAAGUGGGGGCUUUGUGCAGCCAGAACCCCUGCCUGGAAACCAGGGUGCGGGCAUUCCUGAGGUUCCAGUGAGAGGAGGGGCCCCCCGUACAGAGUAACAUGAGACAGGGCCAGGGCACCUGUACCUGGGUCCCCCGCUGGCCUCCCCCCCAGCCAGGGGACAUCCUGGGGCAGGGGUGCCCAGGCCUCCACGUGUGGCCUGCAUUCCACAGCCCACUCAGGGACAUACAGCCCUCGCUACAAUGUGUGUCCACGCACGGCAGGGUCAGGGGAGCCGCGCCAGUUCUGCUGCCCCAGGAAUGUGUCCCCUUGCCCCUCCCCAGGCCCUUGGCCCCGACAUGGCCCGUCGCUCCCAGAGCUCCUCCCAGGGGGACAACCCGCUGGCUCCCGGGUACCUGCCACCGCACUACAAAGAGUACUACCGCCUGGCGCUGGAUGCCCUGGCCGAGGGGGGUCCGGAGGCCUACAGCCGCUUCCUGGCGUCCGAAGGGGCACCUGCCUUCCUGUGCCCGGAGGAGCUGGAGCACGUGAGCCGCCACCUGCGGCCCCCUCAGCAUGUUGCCCGCGAGCCCCCUGAAGGCAGCCCCCCCAACGUGGACAUGGAUGGCUCCUCGGGCACCUACUGGCCCAUGAACUCAGACCAGGCAGUGCCUGAGCUGGACCUAGGCUGGCCCCUGACCUUCGGCUUCCAGGGCACUGAGGUCACCACACUGGUGCAGCCACCCCCGCCGGACAGCCCCAGCAUCAAGGACGAGGCACGAAGGAUGAUUCGCUCUGCCCAGCAGGUGGUGGCCGUGGUGAUGGACAUGUUCACAGACGUGGACCUGCUCGGUGAAGUGCUGGAGGCGGCGGCACGCCGCGUGCCCGUCUACAUCCUCCUGGAUGAGAUGAACGCGCAGCACUUCCUAGACAUGGCCGACAAGUGCCGCGUCAACCUGCACCACGUGGACUUCCUGCGCGUGCGCACUGUGGCCGGCCCCACCUACUACUGCCGCACUGGGAAAUCCUUCAAGGGCCACGUGAAGGAGAAGUUCCUGCUGGUGGACUGUGCCGUGGUGAUGAGUGGGAGCUACAGCUUCAUGUGGUCCUUCGAGAAGAUCCACCGAAGCCUGGCGCACGUGUUCCAGGGCGAGCUGGUGUCCAGCUUCGAUGAGGAGUUCCGCAUCCUGUUCGCACAGUCCGAGCCUCUGGUGCCCUCGGCCGGGGCGCUGGCCCGCAUGGACGCUUACGCGCUGGCUCCGUACGCGGGAGCCGGGCCCCUUAUGGGCGGCCAGGUGACCGGGGCGCCGACCCCCUUCUCCUUCCCCAGACGAGCACACCUCCUGUUCCCACCGCCUCGGGAAGAGGGCCUGGGUUUCCCGUCCUUCCUCGACCCCGACCGCCACUUCUUGUCGGCCUUCCGUCGGGAGGAGCCAGCGCGGAUGCCGGGCGGAGCCCUGGAGCCACACGCCGGGCUGCGGCCGCUGUCGCGGCGGCUGGACGCGGAGACGGGACUCGGGGGCGAGCUCGCGGGCCCGCGGGGCUUCUUCCAGGCCCGGCACCUGGAGAUGGACUCCUUCAAGCGGCACAGCUACGCCGCCGCCGACGGCGCGGGCGCGGUGGAGAACUUCGCGGCCGCGCGGCAGGUGUCACGGCAGACGUUCCUCAGCCACGGGGACGACUUCCGCUUCCAGACCAGUCACUUCCACCGUGACCAGCUCUACCAGCAGCAUUACCAGUGGGACCCGCAGCUGGCGCCGGCGCGCCCGCAGGGCCUGUUCGAGAAGCUGCGCGCCGGCCGCCCGGGCUUCACCGAGCACGAAGACUUCGCGCUAGGGCCCGGGCCACGCUUCCCCGAGCUCGGCCCCGACGGACACCAGCGGCUGGACUACGUGCCGUCCAGCGCCUCACGCGAGGUGCGCCACGGCUCAGACCCCGCCUCGGGGCCCGGGCCCCGUGGCCUGGAACCCAGCGGGGCUCCACGCCCCAACCUGGGCCAGCGAUUCCCGUGCCAGGCGGUGGCGAGGUUGGGCCCGGAUGCCGCCCCCGACGCAGAGCCCGAGCGCAGGGGCGGGCCCGAGGGGCGGGCGGGGCUGCGGCACUGGCGCCUGGCGUCCUACCUGAGCGGUUGCCAUGGCGAGGACGCCAGCGAAGAGGGCCUGCCGGCGCCCAUGGAGGCUGAGGCCUAUGAAGACGAGGUUCUGGUGUCCGGGGGCCGAGUGGCCCCCGGGGACCUGCUCCCUUCAGCCUCCCGUGCACCCUUCCCGGCCAAGGGCCUGGUGCCUUGCUCUGGCGGCGGCGGCGGCGGUGACAGCCCAGAGCGCGAGGGCCUGGAGGAGGCAGGUCUGGCCAAGCAGGACUCUUUCCGCUCCCGCUUGAACCCGCUGAUCCAGCGAAGCUCGCGCCUGCGCUCCUCCCUGAUCUUCAGCGCUUCGCAGGCCGAGGUCGCCUGUGGGGCCACGGGGGCCACGGCAGCCACCACUGAGAAGGCGCAACUGCUGCACAAGGAGCAGGCGGUCAGCGAGAUGCUGGGCCCUGGUGGCGAUGCCGUGCGCUCCGCCACUUCCACCAAGGUGGCCGAGCUCCUGGAGAAAUACAAGGGCCCGGCGCGUGAUGCCGGAGGGGCAGGGGCCCCAGUCACAGUCGCCAGCCACAGCAAGGCUGUUGUGUCCCAGGCAUGGCGGGAGGAGGCGGUGGCGUCCAGUGGGGCGGGAGGCGAGCGCCGCAGCCUCGAGAGCUGCCUGCUGGACCUGCGCGACUCCUUCGCACAGCGGCUGCACCAGGAGGCGGAGAGGCAGCCGGGAGCUGCCACGCUUACUGCUGCCCAGCUGCUAGACACACUGGGCCGGAGCGGCGCCGACCGGCUGCCCUCUCGCUUUCUCUCUGCACAGGGCCGCUCUGCCUCCCCACAAGGGCGGGUCAGCCCCCCGCUGGAGGGGUAUGGGCCCCGCCAGGCACCUCACCCUGAGCCAAGAGGGAGCCCCACCUCUGCUUACCCUGAGCCAAAAGGAAGCCCCACCUCGGCCUAUCCCGAGCGCAGGGGUAGCCCGGUCCCCCCUGUACCGGAGCGCAGGGGCAGCCCCGUCCCCGCUGUGCCCGAGCGCAGGGGCAGCCCCGUCCCUGCUGUGCCUGAACGCAGGGGCAGCCCCGUCCCUGCUGUGCCCGAGCGCAGGGGCAGCCCCAUCCCCGCUGUGCCUGAGCGCAGGGGCAGCCUGACCCUUACCUUCUCCGAGGAGUCUCCGAAGACUGGGACCGGGGAGGAGACAGCUGGCGGCCCCAUGGAAGUCCUGCGCAAGGGCUCGCUGCGUCUCCGCCAGCUGCUGAGCCCCAGGAGUGAGCGGCGCAUGGAGGAAGAGGGCGGCUUCCCAGCGCCACAGGAGAACGGGCAGCCCGAGAGCCCCCGGCGGCCGUCGCUGGGCAGGGCGGAUAGCACGGAGGCGGCCACCGGAGACGAGCGGGGCCCGAAGGCGCGCACAGCCUCUGCCACGGCCAACGCCUUGUACAGCAGCAACCUGCGGGAUGACACAAAAGCCAUUCUGGAGCAGAUCAGCGCCCACGGCCAGAAACACCGCGGAGUCCCUGCGGCGGCCCCGGGCCUGGCUCACAGCAGUCCUGAACUGGGUCGCUCCCCAGCUGCUGGCGGCCUGGCCCCAGACAUGUCCGACAAGGACAAAUGCUCUGCCAUCUUCCGCUCGGACAGCCUGGGGACCCAAGGUAGACUGAGCCCUACCCUGCCAGCCAGCGCGGAGGACCGUGACCGGCUGCUGCGCCGCAUGGAGAGCAUGCGCAAGGAGAAGCGCGUCUACAGCCGGUUUGAGGUCUUCUGCAAAAAGGAGGAGGCUGGAGCCGCAGGGGCGGGGGAGGCCCCAGCGGAGGACGACACCAGGGACAGCAAGGUGGGCAAGUUUGUGCCCAGGAUCCUGGGCACUUUCAAAAAGAAGUGAGCCUCCUGGUCCCCCAGCCCCCGACCAGGCGCCCACCUCACUGCCCCCCACCAGGCAAGGUGCCUGGCGCUCCCAAGGACGCGGGGUGGAAGCGGCGGCGGUUUAGCGCGGCGGCACCCGGACCUCGCCCAGCUGCUGGCCUGGCCCGGCCCCUCCCUCAUGCCAUGCCUUACUCCUCCAGCCCCACCCCUGCCGCAAUGCCCCAACCGCCCCCUUUGUAGCAUCCCUGUCCACCGUCUCUGGGCUUCAGGGCCCCUCUAGACCUGCACUCACCUCAGGUCCUGAUCUUUUUGUGCCUUAGGUCUCCACCCUUUCGGGGGCCCAUCUUUUUGUGCCUCAGUCCCCCAUCUCUGGGGGCCCCAGAUCUCAGGGCUUCCGUGUCUCAGGACUCCCCUCUGCUCACUGCCCCCCUGCCCGGCUGCUUUGCCACUGCUGCGGCUUUCCCGUGUGUGGGCAGCCCGGCCUCUCUCUCUCUCCCCCUGGCCAGCAUCUCCCCCCUGCACCCCGCAGCUCCAGGCUUGCUUCCUGCCCCGCUUGCAUUCCCCCUCCGGGCCUCCCUCUCUGCCUCCUGACACCCUUCUCAGUGGCCGUUCACUGCAGGGGGGAGCAGAGUGGUUCGGGCGGCUGGUGAUGGCACUGGGAUACCCCCAGACCCAAAGGGGGUCCGUCUCAGGAAGCACGGUCCAGGGGGUUGCUGACGGCGGGGUGCCCCGGGGACUCCUGAGAGACUGUCUUGCCAGAGGCCAACCUGGUGGCUCUUCCUGUGGGGCUCCAGCCAGCACCCCAGCCCCCAGCAAGGUCUGAAGAGCUGAGAGCAUGGGCGUUUGUAACACUCGGAAGCCAGGUCUGGGUGGAGGCUUGUGCUUGAUUGCGCGAGGGCAAGGGUCUGUGCGGUGGCGCAGGACCGCUUCACGUGCCCUGUGCUGGAUCCUUCCUUCUUUGUCACCAACCUGCAAAAUGGAAGUUUCCCCACCGCCUGUUCCUGUAUCUCUUUCUCUGGACAGUGACUUUGACUGGAAUAACAUUUUGACACCGAAUGCUUAGGAAGCGUCCCGCUGUAAGUGCCAGCAUUGGGAAAUUAGCAUUUCUGCAACUUUUUUUUUUUUGUUUGUUUAAGAAUAAGAAAUGGCAGUCGCUCAGCCUGGGAAGGUAUUUAAGGAACGAGGCCGCUGAGCCGAGGUGGGAGUUCUGACUCCAGGCCCCUGGAGAAGGGUGGCGGGGGCUGGGGGACACUUUGGGUCAGGCGGAGGAGGUCACCGAGGAGCCAGAUGCUCUCCAAUGUCCCUCGGCCUAGAGGCACUUGCUGACCCAUUUACUCCUGCAUGUCUCAGCGCAGCCCUUGUCUGUGUCCUCCACGUCGUGCUGAAUAACACGUGUCAAAUGUCAUUCUGCACAUCUUGGUGUUAACAAUAAAACACAACACAUUCCUAAA